AUGGGAGGUUCUCAAGUAAUCAACAACUCUAACAUCUCAAAUGGUACUCAUUCUUCAUCUACUUCUAUUAAUAGUAGCAACACCUCUACCAAUUCUGCUAAGAGACAUGAUUCUAUAGUCGAAAUGCUAUCUUCACCACUAAUGAAUCCUAUCAGUAAUAAUACAUGCACUAGCAUACCUAGCCUGUUGGAAAAUACUACGGGAAAUUCUAUGUCCAGUGGUACCAAUAAUAGUAUUACCGCAACUCCGGGCAUGUUCAAUUCUUUUACUGCCAGUGAAUUGUCUAGAACUACAAGUAUCUCCUCUACUGCUAACACUUACAACAAUGUUAAUAGUAGUGUGUCUUCUUCUCCAUCCACAUCUUCCUUAACAUCAUUGGGUAGUAGUACAAUCGGUGUCACCAACGGCGUUACUGCUAAUGCCAGUAACAAUAGCAAUUCUAAUUUUAAUUUUAAUUCUAAUACUAAUCCCAAUCCAACUGAUGAUAUGGAUAUACAUAGUACCACAAUGCACCAUUCCAAUUCAUGGUUUGUCUUUAAAGUUCAUAAAAAGAAUUGGGAACAUAUCAAGUUAUCUCAAUUGAUUGAGAGUAACAAGUUGAUCUAUAUUCGUGGGGAUUUAAGUGUAGAAGAUGCUUUCAAUAAGUUGGUUGAAUAUAACUUAACCAGUUUACCAGUACUAUUAGAUGAAACUACAGAAGAUGGUUCAUCGGUUUCCACGAACAACACUGAAGCUGGUAACAAGGGGUCUGGUGCCAAUAGCAUUGGUAUCAAAAGUAUGAAUUGUUUGACUUUUGACUAUAAUGACUUAAAUUCAUAUUUGCUAUUGGUGUUGGGUAAAAUUAAGGUUCUUGGUAAUAAUUCUGGAGGCAACAACAAUAUUUCAGCCCAGGAUUUGGAGAAAAUUACCAGAGAUUGCCAAAUGGGCAAACCAGUGCCAGUUGGUGAGAUUGUUAGGUUGACCCCGAAAAACCCAUUCUAUAAAAUACCCCAAGAUGAAAGUUUAAGUACAGCAAUGGGAAUUUUAGGCUCAGGUGUUCAUAAGAUUGCAAUUACAGAUAUUGAGCAACAAACAAUUUUAGGCAUUUUAUCUCAAAGAAGAUUAAUCAAGUAUAUUUGGGACAAUGCAAGAAAUUUUAAAAACUUGGAGCCUUUGUUAAAUGCUUCAUUACAGAGCUUGAAAAUCGGUGUUCUAAAUUAUUCUCACAAAACUGCAAGUACAUCUAGCGGUAAGCCUAGUAGUAGCAAUAUUCCUGGCGGUAAUAAUGCUAGUAGUAGUAGCGGAAGUUUUAGAAAUACUGGCGGAAGAAAAUACUCUCGUGUUAUAUCUAUUAGUGGAGAUGAACCAUUGAUUAAUGCGUUGUACAAGAUGCAUAUUGAAAGGAUAUCUUCUAUAGCAGUUGUGGAUUCACAAGGUAUUUUAUUGGGUAAUAUCUCUGUUACUGACGUUAAAAAUGUUACCAGGACAUCUCAAUAUCCGUUAUUGCACAACACUUGUAGGCAUUUUAUCACUGUUAUUUUAAAUAAUAGGGGGUUGGAGAUGGGUGGUAAAGAUUCGUUUCCCAUUUUCCAUGUUUAUCCUAGCAGUUCAUUAGCCAGAACUUUGGCUAAGUUGGUAGCUACCAAAGCUCAUAGGUUAUGGAUUGUGCAGCCUAGUGAUGUAGGGAAUGGCAAUGCUAACAACAAUAACAGUGCAAAUACUAGUAAUAAUAACAGUGCUACCGGCCACCAUCACCACCAUCAUCAUCAUCAUCACAAUAGUACUACUAAUAAUAAUAGUUCGACGAAUAGUAGUUUUGAUAUUCCUAGAAGUGUAUCUCCGAUGUCAGUAUUAACAGACUCCAUAAGCACAACCAGUAUUAAUAAUAGUACUACAACUUUGAACAGUAAUGCCGAUGACAAUAAUAAUAGUAGCUCGCAUAUUUCUUCAUCAAGUGCAAAUAGCAAUAAUAACAGCAGCAAUGAAUACAAUAACAUUUAUUAUAACAAUAGUUUUGACAACGAAAGAGGUACUGGCAAAUUAAUCGGGGUGGUUUCAUUAACAGAUAUUUUAGGGUUAUUUGCUAGAAGACAAACUGAAUAUAAGGAGAUUGAUCCUCAAAUGGCUAGAAGACAAAGAAGUUCAGUUGGGAUAUAG